UCGAUGGGAUGUGAUAAGUGCACGCGUCAUGGCGGCCAGUAUCGACGCUGUUGAGAUAUUAAGUUGUUUCGGAUUAGUGAGCUGAACUUUUAGUUUGUUCCAAAACAAAUUUCGGUUACCGCGAUACAAUAUGGUCAUUUGAAAAACCGAUAAAAAAAUUCGACUCGAAUAUUCUAACAAGAACUGACUGUUGAAGACACAAUAACGCAGCUUGCCGUUGACGCAUGUGUCAAUAGAAAAGUGUCAAUGCUAUCAAUAUUCGCAGUAGGCAGUAAAGAAUUCUGUGUAUUCGAUGAUUAUGCUGACACGUUGACGUUAAAUAUUAUCGAGUGUAAGGUCGAGUGGAUCGGUGAUAGCGAUGCGUCAUAUUAUAUUCGAAUUACGCAUUCGCGUCUCGUUUAUUCGACAGAAGGUGGAAUCUUGGUGCAAGAAGAAACAAAUGGAGCUUCGUGGUUAUCAUCAGUCUGCCACAAGGCUGAAUUGCAUAGUUGACGUGAAUGAAAAUUAUCAUCGUUAGAAUUGCGGUAGACAAUAAAAAGCGGCACGCACACAUCGGAUAUAACAUUAAACGGCUGGCUCGUUAGGGACAGUCAAAGGCGUGAAUGCAUUGCAAGGGGCAAACACGUUAUCGUCGUCGCCGUCGUCGUCGUCGUCGCCGCCGCCGCCGCCGCCGCAAGCCGUGAUCGACCAAGGAAACGAUGAGAACAGCAAUGGCUAAUAAUGGCAGUAAUAUGCAACACUCGACGUAAGGUCCGCGUCGAACAUACCACGAAGGUUUCUGUUAUGCUGUUGACUCUAUACAAAGAUACUCGUUUGCGAAGAAUAGCAGUGGAUCGCGGUAGAACGCGACCGGAAAGGAAGCGAGGGAAGGGUAAAAAGGGUGCCGUCGCCGGUUCGGAGCCGGCAUAUUAAAUCGCGGUGGCCUAACAAGCCUUCGCUCUGGAAAAUGAACUCCAUGCUAUAUACUUUGUAUGGGUUCGCGAUAUUCUUUAUGAUAUUCUGGUCGGGCAUGUGGGUAGUGCAUAUGUUGGCGUUGAUUGCAGGUCGUUGGAAAUUACAUCGUAAAGUAAACCAAGUACCGAGUUACGAAACGCCUUUACCAGGUGUUUCUGUAAUAAAACCAUUGAUGGGUGUUGAUCCGAACCUCUUUGGCAAUCUCGAAACCUUCUUCACAAUGGAAUAUCCUCGAUAUGAGCUUCUAUUUUGUGUAGAGGACGAUUCUGAUCCUGUGUUGAUGCUGGUACGCAAACUGAUUGAAAAAUAUCCGGAAAUCGAAACCAGUCUCUUUGUCGGUGGUUGUAACGUAGGAGUAAAUCCAAAGAUCAACAACAUGCAGCCAGCUUAUGAGGCUGCCAAGUACGAACUUGUGCUGAUCAGUGACAGUGGUAUACGCAUGAAGGAAGACACUCUAUUGGAUAUGGUGAAUUAUAUGACGGAUAAAGUAGCUUUGGUUCACCAGAUGCCAUUCACCUGUGAUCGAGAAGGUUUUGCUGCUGCUUAUGAAAAGAUAUUUUUCGGUACUGUGCAAUCGCGAAUGUAUCUGGCAGCAGAUUUACUUAGGAUAAACUGCCAUACAGGAAUGUCGGCUUUAUUAAGGAAAUCCACUUUAGACGAGGUCGGAGGUUUAAAAGUGUUUGGUAUUUAUCUUGCGGAAGACUUUUUUUACGCUAAAUCGUUGACUGAUCGUGGCUGGCGCAUCACCGUGUCCUCACAACCGGCGCUUCAGAAUAGCGGUCACUGCGAGUUAGAUACUUUUCGAGCAAGAUUACGACGAUGGGCCAAGCUGAGAGUGGCAAUGUUACCUACGACGAUUGUUUUAGAGCCACUGAGCGAGUGUUUUGUCCUGGGUGGUUGUGCUUCUUGGGCAGCUAGUGUGUUAUUCGAGUGGGAUUCUCUAGUUUUCUAUUUAGUACACAUACUUUUGUGGUUUAUGUUCGACUGGACGUUACUGUGUGUUGUACAGAACGGUCCGCUACCAUUCAACAAACUUGAAUUCGUGUGUGGUUGGUUACUCAGCGAGACCACGAGACCGUAUCUUUUUUUUCAGGCUGUCUUGGAUCCUCUUAUACAAUGGCGAUCGCGCGUUUACAAGCUCAAGUGGGGUGGCAUUGCGGAAGAGGUUAAAGCAAAAAUUAAAUAUUAAGAAUUAAGCGUAUGUUUGCGUGCGUGCGUUCGUUUAUGUAAUUAGAGAUAAAAAGAACAUAAGGACACAAUGGUCUUUUUCUUAAUCAAUUUAUUUAUCAGUAUGUGUAAUUAUACAAGGUGUUUAAUUAUCUUAUAUGUAGAUUUAUCUCUCAUAUUCUUUAGUAUUUCAAAAUUAUAACCUUGGUUUAAAAUAAUAAGAUUUUUGAAAACUAAUCUCAAGAAGAAUAAUAUCAAUAAGAUAUAUUUUGUUUUGUUUUUAAUGAAUUCUGAUAAAAUCUUAACUUGCCACUUUAUUGACCUAAUUAA